AACCACCAGCGCAUAUGUGAGUGCGUGUGUGUGCGUGCAAGUGCAACGUUGCUGCCAGAAUAUCCGUUAUGCUGACAAUGCAAUUUGCGCAAAGACUGUUUGUGCACAAAUAAGCUCUAAAAUCUUUGUUGUGAUAAAUAAUAAUAAUAUUAUUAUUACCCGAUGUGAGAUUAUAUGAAAUAUUUUGAGAGCUGUGUAAAUAAAGUGAGAGUGUUGUGAGUUUUAUUUACGAGUAAAUAAAUAUAAAACGAGUGCUUUUUCGAAUUGUUGUUGACACACAACAACGGUACAACGUAAGCGGUUAGAAAAGCUCUUAGCAACAUGUUGACAACACAUCAUUUGCCACAUUUGCAUCAUCAUCGUGGCAGCACAGCAGUGGAAUUUCAUACAGUCACAAAUCCGAGUACGCUCAUUGUGGAAAUCAACAGCCAAGUGGCACUCUUCCGUGAUAUGCUAAUACAUGUGGGCCAAGCAAGGGACUGCCCCGAAUUGCGGGAGAAAAUUCGUAAAUUGCGCCGAACCUGCGUGGAGGCAUGCAAGCACACGGGUCAGAUAAUCAUWCCGCAGGUGAAAAGCGCUGUCAGCGAAGGCGUGCUCACCGAUAAUCCACAUCUUGUGCUGCUCUUCUAUCUGGCGCAACGUUUCCUACACGAACUAAUAAAAAGUUAUCGCCUCAUACAGGUGGUGCCAAUGGACAUGUCCGGUUAUUAUGAGAACCGUGCUGGGCCCUCGAAUCUCGGCAAUGUCAUCAGUCAAAUACUGCUUUGCAAACAAAUAACACCCGACUUCAAUCAGGAGGAAUUAUGCAGCAUUACSAAGGAUUCGCAGGAGAUAGCUGUGCUGCUGGCCGAAAUGCAGGAGUACAUGCCGCAGCACGACACAUAUCUCGAUGCCUUUCGCGUACUGACCAAUUCGAAAUUCAUCACUAUCGAUCCGAAAUAUGAUUACGGAGACAAUGGGCUGCUCUCACCGUCCGGGCAAAAGAUACGCCUAAGGGGUGGCGCCUAUGAAACACGGACGAAUAACGAGAAUUGUCAAUGUCCCAAAGAGACAGCGCCAAUUAUAAAACCCGAGAAGUCUCGCCAUAAAUUUCUACAACCCGGACAAGAGCGAGUAAGGCAGGAGAAGCAUACCAAGAGUCCAAAGCCUAAGCCAAGUCAAAUAUCAUUUGUUUGCGAAAGUGGACGCAUCUAUCGUAUACUGCAGCAUGGCUGUCAUGAAGCAGGCGAAAAGGCAAAGCGAACACCGAAAUAUCAUGUUGUAUAUCCAGGUGGCGAGAAACUGGAAGAAACGAAGAAGAUAACGCAGAAAGAAAGGCAGAAAAAGCCAGAAAGGCUUAAGACGCCAGAUAGGUCACGAGAAUCCUCAAAGGAGCGUACACAAUUGAAACGUGAAUUGGAGAGCGCGCCAGUGCAGGAGACCGUAACACCACCCCCAAUGACACCGCCACGCAGAUGCGCUGAAAAAUCGGUGGGUACAAGUGAUGCGCCCAGCACAAGCACGCAACAACAAACUAUGCUGGAUAUGAUCAGCUGGAAUCCGCUAAAGUAUUUCGACAUUAAUUGCGGCGGCGCAGCAAAAACAGAUCAAACGGAGAUAGAGUCUUGUAAGGAAAAGCCGCCAUGUCCACUAAGCAUAUUUCCAUUUCCCACCAUCCGAAAGACGGAGAAGCCCAUAGAAACGCCAGCUGCACCGACCGAGCCGACUUAUGCAGUAAAAGAGGAGCCGUUUUCUUGUCGUGAAAGCGAAGUGGAACGGCCGCCACAACCGCCGGCUGCACCGCCAAAAGCGCCGGAUAUUAGCAAAGASAUUAUCACACAGCAAUGCAAUCGCAUUUACAAUUUGGAACUACAAGUCAAUSAACUGCGCCGUGAACUCGGUCACAUGAAGACAGAAAUCAUACCGCCYGAUGAAAUGUUGCGUUGCACGGCGCUCGCUACAAAACUACGCGAACUAUCCACUUUACUCGCCGAACUGAAGACCCAGCAUACAGAAGCGAUWGCCGCUGUUUUGUUAGCACAAAAGCAAGCUGCGACGCCAAAGAAAAUCGAGUGCACAGCCGUUACGCAAACGCCGCGUCUACCCACACCGCCACCACCACGACCACGCCCAGUAAUGAAAGCAGAGACGGUGCAAACCUACUGGAAUGCAGAAAGCAAACUCUCCCAAACCAACGCCACGUUCGGCUGGCGACCUUUCAUAGACGAAGCAACGCAAAGUUCACCACCAUCCACUGUGCCGGUAACACCUAAAAACACCUCGAGCGUGCCGGUUAGCAGUCAUGCCAGUUCGGCGGCCAGUACAGGUCUGCCCUGCGGGCAUGGCACCGGCGAGCUACCGUUGAAGGAGUCACCCAGCUUCUGUCCUUACUGUCAGUGCAGCGAAUACCCACGUUGUGCUUACAUCGAACGCAAUCUCUAUGGCGAAAUCAUGCGGAUCCUGCAACAGCACGCACCCUGCGAGGUAUUGCUGUCAGUGCUGUUGCAACCGAAUAAUAUAUACCACAUAAACAUUUCGUUGACCAGCACCGGUGUGCCUUUGGGUUGCAUCUACGCCACAGAACGCGCUAUUAACGAAGCYGUCGAUUCCGAUGUCUUCAAUCGUUUUCUCACCUUCUUCAUCGUGGAUGCGCGCAUUUCGGUGCAACAGAAGGCUAAAAUUCUGGCGCACACCUUUGAGUUCUUCAAAAAUUAAUGUGAUACAAACAUACUUAUUGCACAAACACACACAUACUAUAURUAAUGUUAUUCAUUGUGGCGUUGUUAG